CGAGUUGGAAUUGUCAACAAACAAAGUUGGAUAGCUAUGUGCAUGUCGUCUCCAUAAAACCAUGUCGGUUAAAUGUGAAGCAUUUUUCAAGAAAGGGGACAUUCUCAAGAAUGUGUUGCUUAUCUCUUUUAUAUUUAAUCUGAUUUUAUUGUGUGUUUUUGUAACUUUACUUGCCAUAAGAAAUAACAUUCACCGUAAAAGUCAAAAGGAAGAUGAUUAUUCUCGUGCCUGGAAUAAUGGCUUCGAGGAUUUGAAUAAUGGGAUAAAGUUAACAGAAGACAGCGUAUGUGUGUCAUGUGAUGAACUUGGAAACAGCAUAGUAGCCAAAGAGACACUUUAUCAAUCCAUUUUGAAAACGAAAUGUGGGGCAAAAUUUUGCUGUUACAAAGACAAAGAUUUAAAAACGCUUAUAUCAAUGAUUUUGGAACACCCUGAUCAUCAACCUGCAGUAGAUGAAAUGACAAAUAUUCAACAAAAUUUCCACUGGUGGUCCAAUCGAUCAAAUGCAGCUCACUUGUUUCUGAGUCACGCCAGUUCCCCACCUAAAUGGACAGUUAGCAAUAUUUCAGGUGUCUCCUUUACCAACUUACCCAUCACAGAGAACCGGAUUAAAAUUCAGAAAGAGGGCAUUUACUAUAUAUACGCAGCCUUCUCUUUAAAUCUCAGUAAGUGUGGACCUGAAAUUCCUCAAAUGUAUCAUAACAUAACAAGUCAACAUCCCUGGCUAAAAAACACAGGACCAGAGCUUCACUUCAUGAAUAAAUAUGGAGGAUUUGCAAAUGCUUGGAAAACUCGCCAUACCAGUUUCUUGAGUGGAAUUCUUCAUUUAAGGCGUGGAUUUGAAGUUGCAACUCAGAUAUCAACAACUUCAUUUCUAGACCAAUCAAAGUAUUCGAACUUUUUUGGACUGUUUGAAUUAAAUGUUUAGUUGUUUUUCUCUAUCUAUCCAAGGUUUAUAUAAGUUUUGUUGUUUUUGUUUACAAGUAUAUACAUGUUAAAUGUGACUAUUUGUCAAUGGAUAAUAAAACUGAAAAUAUAUAA